AUGGGGCUGUGGGUUGUGGCUAAACAUCUCUACUUCUGUGUCAACUGUCCAAAGGAUAUUGUUCCAAACAUCUUAUGGUUCAUAUUCUCUCUGGGAGGACAACACAUUCUGCUUAGGAUGUGGGCUUGUAUUGCUGUUGUCCUGCUGUGGAUUGGGUCAGCAGGAUGCACAGAAAAGGCCAAUAUGUCGAACCAUAUUGAAUACACAGCUGCAGACUUCUACGAAAGGCUGCUGUCUGGGAAGAUGAUGUUCCUUUAUUUUAAGCAACAAGUCUCUCCCACCAUUUCUCUGUUCCUGGUGGAGUUAGAGAGGUCGGCCGAAGCUCUGCAGGACUACGGAGUGCUUGUGGGCAAGAUCAGCUGUAAGACAGAGCCAGUUCAAACAUACUGUUCAGAGGCAAAGCAGCAGCAGCACUCAGCUUUUCUUUUCAGAGGCGGCAAGGAGUUCUUGAGUUUCAGUUUGGACACCGUUUUCGACGUCAACUCCAUUGUGGCUGAGGUCCUAUUCGCCAUUCUGCGUGACGAGGUGAAGUACGUCCACACGGACGCUGACCUGCUGGCCAUGGAGAAUGCAGCCAAAGGGAAGAAGGAUAUUGUUCUCGGUUACGUGCGCAGUCUAGGAACACAAGAGCACAGAUCACUGAUGGAGACAGCGUACGUUUAUGGAUCUAAAUAUCAAUUCAUCCUCAUAACCGGAGGUCCAGUAUUAAAGCAGUUGGGAGUAAAUGAAUCGUCCCAGCAGUCCCAAGUGUGGUUCCUUCACUGCAGAGUUCGCAGCACUUUAAUGACAGCGGUGACCUCUGAGCGCUGCCCAGUGACACGCAUGAGAAAAGCUCUGUCCACCCUGAACCUCCACACCUUCUUGCAGCUUUUGGAGGCCCCACUUGUGUCCGAAGUGUAUGUCGACCCCUCCUCAGUCCCACCCCCACAGUUCCCCUACCAGCUGACGCCUCAGGUCUUUCUCUUUUCUCACCCUGCCACCGAGCACCUGGACCUGGACACGGCCUCCACUCUGGCCUGGAGGCUGCGAGGCCUCGCUGUGCUACUGCUGGUGCACAGGCAGAGCCCAGCAGUGAAAACCCCUGAUAAGUACAACGCUGCCUACCGGCUGCCGGAGAAGAGUUCAGAGGUGAAAUAUGUGACCUUACGCAGCCUCGACGACGUGUUGGAACUGGUCACAAAGCAGGGGAAAGAAGAACAGGAAGAGGAGGAGGAUGAUCAUGUGGAUGAAGAGGAAGGUUCACAUUUAGGAGAGCUGGAUGAUGAAGUCGCUGCGGCAGUCUAUAAAAACCGAGACCACUUCCAGGACAUGGACUCAGUCACCCAACUAACGUCUGACAACUUCCACACUGAAGUUGCACAAAGCAGCCUCACGGUGGUGCUGUUCUAUCUCAAAUGGGAUGCUGUUUCCAUGGCGUUCCUGACCUCCUUCAUUGAAGUUGCAGAGAGACUUGAAGAUUCCCAGGUUGACAACAUUCAGAUGGGUGUAGUCGACUGUGGAGAGUGGACAGAUCUCUGCGCUGCUCAGCCUGGGACAGCUGUCCCGUUCCAGCCAAUCACAGCGUUCCCCAGUGUUCUGCUAAUCCGCCCUCAGCAGUCAGCCCAGCACUACAGAGGACUGCUGACAGGGGAGGCGUUGCAUCGCUUCAUCAUGAUAAGCUGCAUGGACUCUCCUGUGCUACUGUCCACCACGGAGGAAGUGUCGUCUUUCCUUCAAGAAGUGCCUCACCCUGAUCUAGCCAGUUACAGGCCUGAUAGAGUCCUGGGGUUGUUUAAGACAGAGAGCCAAACAGGUCUGUCCGUGUUCACUGAAGCAGCAAAGUCAUUAAGAGGAGAGAUUCUGACUGGACUACUGAUAGACGAGCUGGUGGAGAAGUGGGCUGCAGAGUAUGCUGUAGACCCUCCUGCAGUUUUGCUGUUUCCUUCUUGGAGGAAGCUGACUCACCCUUUAGUGAUGCCUGUAGACUCUUCUUCUCAAGAGCUGCUCGCCCACAUCUGCGCUGCACUGCUCCCACCUGUGCCUGAGCUGACUGUGGAAAACCUGCCGUCUUUGCUGUCCAUGGGUAAAGCUCUCCUCCUCCUCUUUGUGGGUGAAGAAGAGGACGAGAUCGGGCGGAGGCAGAACCAGGCGCUGGUGGACGAGCUGGGAGGAGUGGUGGAGCAGGGAGGCAUGAGGAUGGAGCGUUACCUGCCAUGCUGUAUCCACCUUGGUCGCACUCCAGCUGCUAUGUCUGUUCUGGGGUCAUAUCUGGGCUCAAUGCCCCCGCUUCCUGCGUUGGUGGUCACACAUUUACCUACUGGAGAUGAAGUCUACCAGUAUCCACCCAACACUCCUAUACUGGCCUCCUCUGUGCUGCAGUGGCUGCAGAGUGUUGAGGAUGGGAAGGAGUCACCAGCAGGGAUGCUGGGUGGUGACAGCUGGCCUGCUGCUUUUGAGUUUUAUGACUUCCUGAAAAUCAUGGACAUGCAGGACGCCGACCCUAGUCCUACAGAGGAGGAGGAGGAAGAGGAGGCAGAGGAAGUUAACGUUGAGGAACAUUUGCUGACUAAAAAGAUGCCAGAGGACCGUCUUGAUAUAAAUACAAAAUUUCACUCUGAACUCUGACCUGUAAAUGACACUACUGACUUAGUUUUAUAGUUAAAGCUAUGUUUUUACUUAAACAUAUUUAUCCGAUUUAUAAGUGAGUAGGUAAAGCAGUUGUUAAUUUCAAUACUAACCUUUUCUCUGGGUUUGCCUGAUUCCAUUUGGAGGCAUAUUCUAUAGGUGUUACCUCGGGGGUGUUUACAGUAGCUAUUUCAUUUCCUGGUUUCUGUGGUUUUGCAUCUGAUUUCCAGUAAAGACUGAGGGUUUCAUCAGAUAGAUGUUUUUUUUUUUUAUAUUCCACUUACUUGAAGACUGUGUCACUGUUAACAUGUCUGUUUUAUCCCACGUGGUUUACCUCUGCUUCUACUUAAGACUGUUGAGCAAACCAAGUAUUUGUGUGACUGAAAGUUUAGCACCACGUUGAAUGCAUUUUGAUAUCAUGUUUUUAAUAAAAAAUAGGUACUAUAUUUGCAAAUACA